CCGGCCCCCAUCCCCAGCACAGGCCCCCGGCAGAGGCCCCCGGCACCGCGCACCCAGCAGGACGAGCGCAGGGCGGCUGGGCAGGAGGGGCGGGCAGGGAGGUCGCCGCACCACCAGGAGUCGUAAUAAUUGAGACAUCGAAGAUACUGUGCCAACGGGCUUCCUAAGAGAUAAAGCGAGACCCAGCGUGCGGCUUCUGUCCGAGGCCUUGCUGAACCAGGAACCAGGCGUGAGCAAGGAGCCUUGGAGAAAUCAUCUGUGCCUUUUCCGCUUGGAAGUCUGCAAUGGAUUCUGGGCAGGUCGUCUUUCCAGUGUUCUGGAAUAGAAGCAAGUGAGGCAUCAUAAUGACACAGACAGAAUGAGGGGCCUUGUCCAGACCUGAGGCUCAGGGCUGGCUGGCUGGGAGCCACUGAGUGAGCAGGGCACUGUAGCUCAGCACAUGACACAUGACGCCGGGCCUGGAGAAUUUCUCAGGACCCUGAAGCAUCUCUCCUGUACUGGAGCCGCCUGUUCAGGCUACAGUGACUCGACUGGCCACUCAGCUCCCCACAUGUGACCCCUGAGAAUGUCACUAGGUGACUUUCCGCCACGCCUUUCCUGCCCUGUAUGUCUGGAGAUACAUGGUUACGCCUUGUGUUGGGAAGUGCAGGGUGAGAAAUGGCCACAGGAGCAGGAGCAGGCCCAGGGCUGCCCCAGGUGCGUGGACCAGCUGUGGGGGGAGAGCAGCUGCCCACAGGCCGAGACCUGAGCGAGGCCAGCCGCUUCUCCUGUGCUGCCCUCUGUGCGGUCUCCCUGUCCCGGCUGUUUCCAGAAGCCGAGCAUAGCUCCUUCCGCACAGAGUGGGUGGCAGGCCUGGUCAAGUGGCUGGACUUGUCUGAAACUGUGUUGCCGACCCUGACGGCUUUUGCCAGUGGCCUCGGAGGUGAAGACACCGACUCGUUCACUCAGGUCUUACUGAAGGACCCCGUCGUAGAGAAGGACCCUGUGGUGCUCACUCAGGACCUUCUGAGCUUCUCACUCAAGGAUGGGUACUACGAUGCCAGGGCCCGCGCCCUUGUUCGUCACGUCUCCUCCUCCUUCCCCGUGUCCUCGGAGGAGCUGCAUCUCCUUGAAGAAACAUUCCUUGAGAGCCUGAAGGAAAGCAGAGAGGAAGAGUCUGAGACAGCUGAGUCCUCCCGGAAGAAGAAAGAGAAGCUCAGGAAAUGGAAACGUUAUCUCCUGAUUGGCCUGGCCACUGUCGGAGGCGGGACGGUGAUUGGUUUGACCGGGGGCCUCGCCGCCCCCCUCGUUGCUGCCGGGGCCGCGACAGUCAUCGGCAGUGCCGGGACAGCUGCUCUGGGCUCGGCCGCUGGCAUAGCAGUCAUGACCUCACUGUUUGGAGUGGCGGGAGCUGGACUGACCGGAUACAAGAUGAUGAAGCGUGUUGGUGCCAUUGAAGAGUUUAUGUUUCUGCCACUGACGGAGGGCAGGCAGCUGCAUGUCACUAUCGCCAUCACAGGCUGGCUGGCGUCCGGCAGAUACCGCACCUUCAGCGCACCCUGGGCUGCCCUGGCCCACAGCCGCGAGCAGUACUGCCUGGCCUGGGAGACCAGCUACCUGAUGGAGCUGGGCAACGCCCUGGAGACCAUCCUCAGCGGCCUCAUCAACAUGGUGGCCCAGGAGGCCCUGAAGUACACGGUGUUGUCCGGCAUCAUGACUGCACUGACCUGGCCGGCCUCCCUCCUCACCGUCGCCACCGUCAUCGAUAACCCCUGGGGGGUGUGUCUCCACCGGUCGGCAGCGGUCGGCAGACACCUGGCCCACAUCCUGCUCUCCCGGCAGCAGGGCCGGCGACCUGUCAGUUUGAUCGGCUUCAGCCUAGGAGCCAGGGUCAUCUACUUCUGUCUGCGAGAGAUGUCUCAGGAGAAAGAUUGCCAGGGGAUCAUUGAGGAUGCCAUCCUGCUGGGGGCCCCUGUGGAAGGAGGGGCCGAGCACUGGGAGCCUUUCCGGAAGGUGGUGUCCGGAAGGAUCGUCAACGGCUACUGCAGGGGGGACUGGCUGCUGAGUUUCGUGUACCGCACGUCCUCCGUGCAGCUCUGCGUGGCCGGCCUACAGCCUGUACUGCUCCAGGACAGGAGGAUGGAGAACGUGGACCUGUCCUCGGUCGUCAGCGGCCACUUGGACUAUGCCAAGCAGAUGGACAUCAUCCUAAAGGCUGUGGGCAUCCACACCAAGCCAGGCUGGAACGAAAAGAGCGUCCUGCUAGCCCCUCACAGCCUUCCCCAAGAGGAACCUCCCCAGGCAGGAGCCAGUUCCUCAUCAGAGAAGGCCACCCACGAGCAUGAGCAAACCCAGGGCCCUAAACCUGGAGACACCCCCAGAGUGGCCACCCGCACUAACCCCAGCCAAACUCAAGUGCCAACAGAGCUGGGCCAGUCUGACGGGACCGCCCUUCCUCCUGCUGCCAGCCCCACUGGAAGCUCUCAGAUCUGUCAGCAUGGAGUGGACACCAACCCACUGGGCUGCCCGGACUGUGCCAGCGAGACCCAGGACUGACCCCAGGAGGGGACUUGAGCCAUCUUCCCAGGUUGCUAAAGGCUGCACCCUCCUGCCUCCUCCACCAGGCUCAAAAUAUGGAGGACUUCCACCAGCGCCUUUCAUAAAGUGAAGUGGUGGCGAUUAAAAGGAGGAGGAGGAGCAGCAGAGGGAGACAAGGUCCCUCCCUGGGGCAGCAAAGCCAGUGGGAAUCCUGUGAAGUCAGCACAGAUCAGAGCCCCAAGACUCUAAGCCAGCCAUGGGCUUCCUGUACUUCAGAUCACAGCUCUGGGGUCUGGCUGUCUGUCCAUCACGAGGGCAGAGCUCCCAUCUCACCUACCCCCACCCCCUCCUCCACCUCAGCAGACCCAGCGUCUGCCUGACCUGCCACCCACCCACCCCAGAGCUGAACACCAGCACGCAGGCACCACUGGCCCACCACCCCCUCCCCGCAUACAGACCACACACGGCACGACAGCGGCACUGAGCAAACAGCCACGGGUCAGGCAGCGGCACCUUCCCAGGCUGGGUGACACACUGCAGUCCCGGAUAUGAUCAUCAGCAGGUGCUGAGUGAGUGGGAACUGGGCUUGGUGGUGAGAAUACGUUCUCCUGGGGGAGGAUUUCCGGCCCCAGGAGUGGAGGUGGUGAUGAUUAUAAUAAAGAGAAAUGGGAACAUCA